CGCGCACGGCCAAGCACCCAUGCACCAUUGUUAUAAAACUAGGUCGGAGAUGGGACUAAGAUUCAACUGGCGUACGCUCAUCCACUGCUGUCGACGCUUUCUUCUGUGGUGGAAACUGUAGUUAACCUUCGACGCGAGGGACACAAGGUUGUGCUGGUCAGCUCGGGGGCUAUCGGUGUCGGUCUCAAGAGAAUGAACAUGGCAAGCAAACCAAAAAGUCUGUCCGGGAAGCAGGCUCUUGCGGCGAUUGGUCAAGGGCGUCUGAUCGCACUCUGGGACAAUCUGUUCAGUCAGGUCGAACAGCCGAUCGCGCAAGUUCUGUUGACGCGAGGGGAUAUUGCAGAUCGGACACGCUACUUGAAUGCUGUCAACACCUUCAAGGAGUUGCUCUCCAUGGGCGUGGUUCCCAUCGUGAAUGAGAAUGACACGGUUUCCGUCAGCGAAAUCAAAUUCGGCGACAAUGAUACAUUAUCGGCCGUAACCUCUUCAAUGAUCCAUGCUGACUACCUAUUUCUUCUGACCGACGUGGACGGCCUAUACACAUCAAAUCCCCGUAAAGAUCCAGAUGCGAGGCAGAUUGAGGUGGUGAACUCUGUGGCGGCUAUCCGCUCGCAAGUGAGCACUCACACGCUUGGUUCCAGUCUCGGCACAGGCGGAAUGGAAACGAAGCUCAUCGCGGCCGAAAUCGCGACUGGAGCCGGGGUGACCACGAUUAUCUCGUCUAGUAAAACGCCGCAGAGCAUUUUCUCGAUCAUCGAAUUCCACAAUUCCCGGGUGUCCAACCCAGGAACGCCCUCGGAGUCUCGUUCUGGCAGGACCAGUCCAACAGUCGAACCAACAAAUCCCACAAUCGUCCGCCCGCCACACACCGUUUUCACGCCAAGUCCUGUCCCGAUGCGUGACCUCAAGGCCUGGACGACCCACACGCUAUACCCAGCGGGCAGUGUUGUGAUUGAUUCGGGCGCUCACCUCGUGCUAUCACGACGCGAAUCUGGAGGCCGGCUGCUCGGAGUCGGUGUCCACGGCGUCAUAGGCGCUUUCGCAUCCGGCCAGGCUGUGCGAAUCGUCAUUCGGAAACCGGUAGAAGGCAUCACGGACUCGGAAUCCGCCGCGCUGCCAGGUGCCUUAUCCAGGACGGCUUCCUCCUCGGAACUUGUCUCUGCAUCCCCUCUUCCUCCGACACGACCCGUCGAGCGAAAUUAUGCUGAAUCCGACAUAAUUGAGGUUGGCCGAGGACUGGCGAACUACAAUUCGGCGCAGAUCGACAAGGUCAAAGGAUUGAACAGUUCUUUCAUGACGCAGUUGCUGGGAUAUGCAGACUCGGAAUACGUUGUAGAGAAUAUCUCCAUUAGAGUUCCUCCGUUGUCUUGAUAAAGUACUAGCCUCAGAGAUUGCUGAGUAAGCAUCUGCAAUGCUGUGCCGAUCGCAAAUGAUUAGUUUUUCCUCCACUCUCAAAUCGAAACCUUCAUGUUAUAGUCCUUCUCCGCGCAUUCAUCACAUUCUCCUCCUCAUUUAUCCCUUUCGUCUUGCGUUCUCCUUAUGUAUCACAACAACUCUAUCCGAAUCCUAACGGGGAACAGUCACCCGGAGCUCGCCCAGGCUGUGGUCGAGCGGCUGAAUGUCCCCCUCGUCCCUUGCACGGUGAAGAAGUUCUCCAACGGCGAGAUCAACGUCAAAAUCUCCGAGUCCGUGCGCGACGAGGAUGUGUUCAUCCUGCAGUCCGGCUGCGCCGACGUCAACGACAACCUCAUGGAGCUCCUCAUCCUCAUCUCCGCCUGCAAAACGGCAUCCGCUCGCCGCAUCACCGCCGACAAGUCCCGCGCACCGAUCACCGCGAAACUGGUCGCCAACAUGCUCGUCGUGGCUGGGUGCGACCAUGUCAUCACGAUGGACCUGCACGCGAGUCAAAUCCAGGGUUUCUUUGACAUUCCGGUGGACAACCUGUGGUCCGAACCCCUCAUGUUGACCUACAUCAAGCGACACGUCCCCGAUUGGCAGAAUGGGAUCGUUGUUAGCCCUGAUGCUGGCGGUGCCAAACGAGCUACAGCCAUCGCGGACAAGCUGGAGAUCGAGUUCGCGCUGAUUAACCGGAAACGGGAUCGAAAAAUCCGAAACGCGCCAGAAAGAAUGGAGAUCCUGGUGGGCGAUGUGAAAGACAAGGUUGCUAUUCUUGUGGACGAUAUGAUCGAUACCGGAAACACGUUAACGUUGGCGGCAAAAACGCUGCACGAAAAAGGUGCUAAGGCGAUCUAUGCGCUGAUUUCUCAUGGUCUGCUUUCUGAGACGAAUCUGACCAUGAUCGACCAACUGCCCUUGGUCCAGCUCGUGGUCACCAACACCAUCCCUCAAACGGCGCACAAGGACUCUUGUGCCAAGCUUGUGACUAUCGACGUCAGUCAUACCAUCGCCGAAAGCAUCCGCCGAACGCACAAUGGGGAGAGCAUCAGCCUCCUCUUCAAUGAGCGGGAGGAAACGGGGACGUUUGCUGUGAUAUAGCGCGCAUUUAUUCAUAGAGGACUACAGCACCUGUGUACACUUACUAUUUAUCAAUCUCAAUCGCGCGAUCCCAUUA